AUGACCGUACUUCUCGAUAUACAUAUUUCUCUACAUGUAACUGGCGAUACAAAGGGUCACUAUGUGAAGGAGAAAAGGUGGCAAUGUCCUGAGGGUCCCGAGCCUGCUACAUCUGCCACGCUGAUCGGCCUUCGCGCGGAAACCGGCGUUGGCGGCUCAGUGGACUUGCUUUUCCCAUCACUAGACCACCUCUUAGUUUCCUCAAUGGACUCCGAAAAAUCACUUCGUCCAAAGCCUGCCAGAGGCUUGAACUUUUGGACGUCCUUUGUCUCUCUUUGCACUGCUCUCGCCCUCUUUGCUUUGGAAUUGACCUCUGAGUCGACCGCUUUGCCUACUAUUGAUCUCCACUCCCCAGAAUUUGUUUAUUGGAUUUAUAUUCUGAUGUCUGCUGUUCUAAUAUUCGCUAUCGGAAACACACUUUGCGGUGCCGCAGUUAGUCAGUCCAUGAUGUCGGAGACAUUCUCCUUGGAGACCUGGCUCUUCUCCGAGAUCGUGGUCUAUUCCUUGGAUUGCUUGGCUUGCAUUUCCAGUAAAUUUUAUUACUGGACCGACUUGUCAUUGGAGGAAGUCUCGCUUCUGCAGGUGCUUGGAGAUGGAUUUUUUGUAAGCACGACUUCUUCACUUGAUCUCCAUGCUGAUUCUUGUCAUGACGUAGACUUGAACUUACCGUUGUGCGGUAUUUCUAUCGCGCCAUCGGCAGCAUUCCUUCAUCUUAGAUCUCCUAACAUUCCAAUACGCGAGGGAAUCAUCCUUAUGGACUGGAGGCGAAGUUUGAUUUCUCGCUUUUCCUGGUACACGUUCUGA